AUGGAGGUGGCGUCGGCAAUCCCGUACACUGCAAUGUUGACUUGUAAAAUCUGUGUUAGUAAAAGGGCUAAAUAUACCUGCCCACGGUGUUUUAUAAAUUACUGCUCCUUGAAUUGCUACAGAGAUCGUCGACAUGGUAAAUGUUCGGAACAAUUUUAUCGCGAGUGUUGCGAAAAUGCCAUCCGAGGCUUGGCAGUUGAUGACGAAAGGCGUCAUCAGAUUGAAAGGAUGCUGUCACAAGAUGCGGAUUUAUGCAACUUUAAUAAUGUAGAGUAUCAGUCUGAAGAGAGCGAGGAGGAAAGUUCUUCCGAAGAUGAUCCUGGUGAUUUAUCGGAGAGGUUAAAGGGUAUUGACAUGACUUCGGGUGAUAUCGAUACCGAGAAAGUUUGGGAAUUGUUGUCAACUAAAGAGAAACGAGAAUUUCAUAGAUUACUUGCAACAGGCAAUAUCUACGCCAUUGUGCCUACUUGGACGCCUUGGUGGCAGUCAGCUGCUCAGAAGCUUGUCACUUCCUUUCCUGAUGAUUUCAUUGAUGCCAGUGAAUCAAAGCCGAUAAACGUAGCCGCACAACCGCUGUCGGAACUGCUGUCAGUUGAACCACAUCCUUCCGUGAUUUUCUCACUCGCCGAAACCUUAUUAGGAUUUGUUUUUGUCUCUAGAUAUUUCAAUGGUGACUACCUAGCCGACAUGCACGUGGCUGCUUGCCACCUUCUCCUCGAACUUGUAUCAUAUUUUCAACCCCCAGUUACUCGGAAAAGUGCUCCGAACAAAACACGAAUCGUCAAGAGCCCCGCAACUAAGAUGAUCGCUUUUACCAACUUUUCCGAAGUCUUAGCCUCCUUGCAGUCGCGCCUAGGUCGUAAUCAUCUAACGUGCUCACAUAAAUUGAUGCUCCUGCUAACUGAUGAUCUUCACUGUUUGCUGCAGAAGUUCGACAUAUUUGUGGAUCGCGUUCUGUGCGAAAUUAUACAGAUUAUGUUGGCGACCAAGACAAAGAGCAUUCUGGCUGCAUCGGCUCUUCACAAAGUGAAGUUUCUCCGUGCUUGCGUUGGAAAGCGCGACCAAGCCUCCGAUAACUGGUGCAAGAGAUAUGUUCCACCUCUUUUUGAUGCAGUGGAGACGUCGAUAUGUGAACAAACGAUGAGAAUUGAUGCUGAAGGAACACAAGAACGAUGGCGUAAUCCGAGAAAGUCGAAGGCUGCUGGCUCGGGCUGGCGCAAUAUUCUCCGAGAUAAUCACAACCACCAAACUUCCUCCACAGAAGACAUGAAACUGAACGUUGAAUACAAAAUUACGUAA